AUGCCAAAAAGAAAGGUAAUUUUGAAGCCAAAUAACUCAAAAGACGCAAAGAAUAAACAAGAAUCAGUUAGAAAGGAUCUGAAAAAGUUAAUAACUAACGACGAAACGAAUUUUUCUCUUAUUCCAUAUGAAGCAGGACAAGAAAGUGACUUCGAAGAUAUUGACAAUAUUGAACCUACAAAUAUUCCUGAACAAGUUGUUACAAAUGAACCUGUUAUUUGGGAGAAACGAGACUUAGUCACAGACUGGAUUUUAAAGUUCUUUUCAAAGAAAGGAAAGGAAAUGAAUGUGAAACCAAAUCAUUCAGAUGAACCUGAUAUUACCCCAUUUGAAGUAUUUUCUGGUUCUUCAAUGACAACUUACUUGAAUAUUUAG